CUCAGACUGUGCAGAUCUAGCCUCGGUCUCUUGGAAGAAAAACUGUUGGCGAAGACAGACGUGCUAUUUUUGUCCAGUCCAAGUAGAAAGAAAAAAAAAGAGGAAUAAAAACCGGGAAAAGAUCUUAACAGCUGAAUACAGCAAAAAGAAAGAAAUAUUGUGCGCUUAUAAAGUAAAAGUGUGUUAAGUGCCAAUCUCAAUUGGAAAUUAAUUUUUCAGAUUGGCGGUUAGUACCGGCUUAAACUUCGGGCAAUCGUUUGGGUACCUGUCUGAACCCCAAUACGAAAGCUCGCAACAACAAUUUCCCCGAUAUUAGGGCCUCCGCCCGCGGCAAGGGACUUAUGCUCCUCGCCCAACUACAGCUCCGUACCAAAAAUUCCCAGCGCUAGGCCGAGCAGCACAAAGCGGGAGGCGUAAAAGAUCGGCUCAUCAGUCGCUUUGCGGGCGCGAGCCACUUAUGUGUCACGGACCCGCGAUAUAUUGGAGGCCGUCCAAUUCUGCGGAAAUUAUUAAAGCUAUGUAAACGGUCAGCCAAUUUCUACCCGAAAUAUAGAUCUGGGUCUCGACCUAUUUUCGUUUCCCCAUACGAAGUGCCGAGGAGUGCCCAGAUGUGAAGCCGGCGGCAACGACUGUCGUUUUUUUUUAUAUCCAUCAGUGUAACCACUGAUUCCUAUUUUUAUGCUAUAGUGUCAUUAGUGUAAUUAGCUUAGUAAAUUUCUUUUGGUUGUGUUUUUAAAUUCUGUUCGGAAGAAAUAGCAAGUGGAAUGUGUGACAGGGCGAAAGUGAACAACGGUUAAACGGCAGAGGAGAGCGUGAGUUUUUUUUUGUAAAAGUAUUUCUCCAGCUUUCGUUUUAGGAACGUUGCCGCAGUCCAUGGAAGCGCUUUCAUCGCUGUUUCAACGCAUUUAUUAAAACAAAUCAAAGGAAGGCCGUAAGUGAUCCCAAAACAUAAAGAUAAAAUAUUGGAGUUUGUUUGUUAUGAGCAACUAUUUAUUGCAUGACCGAAAAAAAAAAAACCUCACGUAGUCAGGGGCUUCGUCGCUUAAGAGAGGCUGUGCGCUCUCCCUUAUGCCCUGCUGGCAACCAUAAGCGCUUACGCCGCGCAUAAGAACCAGCCCUCUUAAGAACAAGGCACAAAAGGGAAGAUGCGAGGCUGGUCGCUCUGACGUUCUUUUAUGCUUUCUACUUGCGGUUGCUUUCGCUAAUGCACUUGAAUAACUGACCUGCCAUAACGAUCGCGGCGCACAGUUUUUACAUUCCCUUUUGCAUAUUUAUUUAUUAUUAUUAUCUAUUUGCCUAACAUACAAGCUGGAGAUAUGUACCCUUCCCUUCUUUCAAUUUGUAAGUUAAAUUUCAAUCUAAAGUGUAUUAUUAAGAGUUAAUCAUUUAUUAGUUUACUAGUGCGAUGCAUGUGCUAUUGCUCAAUAUGAAAUAUAGGAUUUAACAUGAAUCGGGGCUAGAGUUCUAUAUGCGGGGACCAUGCUGGGCAAAGGAGGGUAAUGGGGUUGGAUAGGAGGCUGUAAGAGCCUUCUUUAUGGGAUCACCGGAUGAACCGGGAGCGGUGAUCAUGGUAGGGUGGGCAUGAGUGGUCACAACAACACCGUGGCACGACUUGUAUGUGUGUAUGUGUCCGUGUGUGUGUUUGCUCUUGUACAUAUUUGUGUCGAUACUUCGCUUGCACGUGAAAUUUUAAUGAACGUUACUGUGUCAGUAUUAUGAUUGUUGAAGUAGAGCUGUGUCCCGUCCGUUCUGGGAAAUAAAAAAACCCCCCCAUUUCUUGCCGAUGAGACGGAAGCCGGAACAAGCACGUGCCCGGACGGGAGACGAACCAUCACCUGCUCAGCCUUCCGUGAAGGUUUGGUAAUAUCCAAUAUGCUACACAAGGCUGCCAUUAUAGACUUGAAGAACAAAACUGAAGUAGUACCGUCAAGUAGCAUGCCCAUUGCCAAUGUCACAGCCUUGCACGAGAAGUUGGCAGAAGUCCACAUUGAUCAGCACAAAACCAUUCGCAUUAGCAAAGGAGAUCUGGAUGAUCUAUUGGACGUUUAUAUGGGUAAAAUAGCAGAGAGUGCAGCCACCAUCAAGGACAGAGAAAAUGAAAUAAACAAGCUUCAAACCAAGGAACACACUGACGACGAUCUACUGAAGAGAUUUGAGAAUCUCACAGAGAUUUGUAAUGCUCAAAAUGCUACAUAUACAGCCAAACUGAAGGAAAAGGCGGAUCAAAUCAAGGAACUCGAGCAGAAGGUCAAGGUCUACGAGACCAGAUUGAAGAGGAAACAGCACGUGUUGACUGAUUUAAGAAAACAGAACACCUCCAGUGCGGCAUUGAUCGAUCAUCUGAGAGCCAAAGUCGUAUAUUUUGAAGGUAAGUUCAGGGAGAAGAAGGACGACCUGUUGGCAGACUGGGAGGCAGCCACCACCACUUGUAUGCCCUACGGCAUGUCGUCUGGGAUUCAUUUGAUCCAUCUGCCAGGGUUCCUGCCCUUUCUGGUGUCCUGUGAGGGUCUCACGACCGCCGGUCCUGGAUGGAUGGCUAUUCAGCGUCGACUGGAUGGCUCUGUGAGCUUCUAUCGCAACUGGGAUCAGUACAGGAAAGGGUUUGGCAAGCUCAACGGGGAGUUCUUUAUUGGCCUCGAAAAACUGCACCGCCUGACCAGCUCCCAGCCUCAUGAGCUCUACAUAAGCUUCAGGAGAUUCAAUGGAGAGUCAAGCUAUGCUCACUACGAUGACUUUGUUAUUGGCAGCGAGGAGGAAGGCUACGAAUUGAAAUUGCUCGGCCAUUAUCUCUACUCUAGAGGCUUUAAGAGCACUGUGAAACCAGAUAAAUCUCAAUACGAAGCCGAGCGCCAAACGGCGAACCCCAUUCGUCUUUGUUAUUUACUCUUCCGACACCCGCCGCCCGCCGCCCGCCACCAUUCGACAGUUGAUUAGCUUUCGAUUUUUCGCCCUCUCCUCUCCCGGGUACAAUAAUUACUUCGUUACAGUUCACUGCAGUUCGCUGCUCUAGACAUUUGUUUAUUCGCGCACAAGUGAUUAGUGCAAUUAAUUCUCAUUUUCAUUUUCAUUUUCAUUUGUGCUCGCAUUUCGUUCGCUGUUGCAACAAUUUAAUGAAAUCUAAUUGAGCUCUGACUCUGGUCUUGAAGUGCUUCUAUGGGCCUGGUCUGGACUGCCCCCACCAUUUGUCACUUGCACUUUUAUUGCCGAGGGACCGCUGUGGGAGUGGAGAAACUCAAUUGGAGUAAAUAAAGGCUUGACAAAUUAGCCAAAGUCGAGGCAUAAAAUAUAAAUGAAUAUCGAUGCGACGGAGGAUUUAUGGUCUGAGAAGAACAAUUUUUAUUUAAAUUGAGUUUAUUCCAGUUUCAUACAGAAUCUUACAGAUCUUUGGAACAUUUAAACAUUUGUUGUUUCCUCCAAUGUUACUUUACUCUAAUUUGUAGUUUCUAAGGCACUUAAUAUAUGUAUCUGCAGAGGCCUGAACAGAAGCCACCGCUGUUGCAUGGACACUCGGAUCAAAUGAAUGUAGAGUGCACUCUGCACUUUAUUGUAAAUAUAAACAAUGGCAUUGAUGUCGUUGACGAUGUAGCCCGCCCAUCUAGCCCAUUGUAAAUAUAGCUAAAACGAGCACACGCGGUACAUGAAAUCGCACAUAUUAAAAUAAUUUUUAAAAAGAUAAACUAAUUGGUAAAAAUGCUUUUUUGUUCAUGAAAAGCUUACAAAUAAUACAGUGACCAAUAAAAGUCUAAGCAUCACACCCAUUUU